AUGACUCUGAACUACGCGAGUGUGCAAUGUGUGCUGAGGAUGCGAAGCGCCGUGAUGUUAGGCCGCAGGCGGUUGUCGCGGAAAGCAUUAAAACAAAGUACUUUAUUUGAUAUCCCCAUGGCGCCACCGGAUGGUGUUUUGGGGCUGACGGAAACUUUCAAUGCAGACGAGAACCCAAAUAAGAUUAAUUUGACAGUUGGGGUAUAUAAAGAUGGAUGGGGUCAGGUGACAACCUUCCCUUCAGUGGCUCAAGCUCAAAAGAUUAUAGACAUGGAUGUGGGAAUGAACACUGAUCUAUCAUAUUUACCGAUAAGUGGGUGUGAGGAUUUCAAGAAGCAUACAAUUAAUUUUCUGUAUAGGGACAGCUGCCCGCAAGACGGCCCUGCAUUGAUUAAGAAUGAUCGAAUCAGUUUUAUACAAACGCUAAGUGGAACUGGUGCAUUAGCUGUCGCAUCUAGGCUUUUAUCAUCUUUUAUUUCGAGAAAGAUAUGGAUACCCAAACCGUCUUGGCCUAAUCACACCAAUAUAUUUACCCAAAACGGUUUUACCAAUCCUAGAUUUUAUAGCUACUAUGACAGAGGCGAUUUGACGAUUGGAAGAUGGUUACAGGAAUUGAGGCAUGAAGUUGGUAAAGACUCAAAUACCAAAACACCACAUUGUAUUGUUUUACAUGCCUGCUGCCAUAAUCCGACCGGCCUUGAUCCGACAAAAAAGCAAUGGGAGGAUAUAAUGGAUACUAUUUAUGAAUUAGGAAUGAUUCCAAUUAUAGACAUGGCAUACCAAGGUUUAGAAUCGGGCAAGCUGAUAGAUGACGCAUAUUUACUAAGACUAUGUCUGGACACCAGCAGGUACAGGUCCUGGGAUAACGGUCUAUAUCUGUGCCAAUCUUUUGCCAAAAACAUGGGAUUGUAUGGAGAAAGAGUUGGAUCUUUAAGUAUUGUGGCACCUGAACAUGUUCCUGGUGUGAAAGAGGUCCUGGACUCACAACUUAAACAGAUUAUCAGAAGUAUGUAUUCCUCCCCUCCUGGAUAUGGUUCAAGAGUCGCUAAAUUAGUCUUAUCGAAUGAUAAGCUCAAGUAUCAAUGGUAUUCUGAUGUUGAGACAAUGGUGAAUAGACUAAAAUCGGUGAGGGAAAUGAUACAUGAGAGGUUACAAUGGGAAGAGAUAGUUAAUUUUGAGCAACAACAUGGUAUGUUCUAUUUCACAAAAUUAGGACCUGAUAUUGUAAAAAAACUCAGGGAACAAUACUCUAUAUAUUUAACGAACGAUGGCAGAAUGUCCUUAAGUGGCGUUAAUAAGAGCAAUGUUGACUACUUAUGCAAUUCCAUCAAGGCUGUGACAUCUAGUAAAACAUUACUGUAA